UAUACAUGUGAUAUCUAUAUAUCGAGAGAAAUCUGUAGAUAGACGUGUGUGUUUGUUUCAAGGAAAAAAGAGCGCCUGUGAGAUGGGAGCUGGCUUAGCAUGCUAAGUGCUAAAAAUAGUCCCCUGCGCCCCAGAAGCGGGCUGCUAGCCUGAGCCGCUAACGUUAGCCCCAGCGGCGAUGCAAGCAGUCGCUUUUGGAGCGCUGACAGUCGAUGAGCUCUUUGACGCCCCGCUCGACACAAACGCGACUCUUGCGUGACAUCGCGAGCUCCCGAUGCGGAGCGGAGCAGCGGUUGAGACUUGUCGUCCGUCCGCUGACAUGUACCGACUUGUGUCAUCACUACUGCGCGAGUCAUGGCAACAGUCGGCUUGUGAAAAUGUCGAGCGACGAUAAGAAGCCACCGCGGCGGCUCUCGGUGCGAAGAGCGCAGCGAGCAGGCGAGGCGGUCAAAGGAGAGCGAGUGAGCGGUGGCGGUUGAUUCGGUGUGACUUGAGUUGAGUUGUGCAGAGCAAAUAAAGCCCGAGGCAAAGCGGGAGAGCCGGUCUUCCCUCCCGGUCCCGGCGGCGCCCUGACGACAUCGCCCGUCACGCUGCCGCCUCUGCACAACAACAACAACAACCACCUCAACCCACCGACGGGCGGCGCUAAGGCGGCCAUGUCGGAGGGCGUGCACAUCACGCAGCUGUUCGACGACAGCGGGGUGAAACGAGCUCAUCCGAGCGGCCCGCAGCUCAACGGCGCUCUGGCGUCGCUGGCCCCCUCCCGGCCGGAGCGCCCCUCCGCCGCCGGCCCGGAUCCGGCCCACCACGGGCGCCCCGGCGCUACCUCGCACAAGGCGCCCGAGGGCAAAGCCAAGCCGGCCGCCUCCACGCCCGAGCAGGCCAUGAAGCAGUUCAUGUCCAAGAUGUCGUCCUUCGAACACCACGAGGUCUUCAGCUACCCCGAGGUCUAUUUUGUGGGUCCCAACGCCAAGAAGAGGGCGGGCGUCGUGGGGGGCGCCAACAACUGCGGCUACGAUGACGAGCAGGGUUCCUACAUCCAAGUGCCGCACGACCAAAUCGCCUAUCGCUACGAAGUCCUCAAGGUGAUCGGCAAGGGCAGCUUUGGACAGGUGGUGAAGGCGUUCGACCACAAAACGCAGAGCCACGUGGCGCUGAAGAUGGUGCGCAACGAGAAGCGUUUCCACCGGCAGGCGGCCGAGGAGAUCCGCAUCCUGGAGCACCUGAGGAAGCAGGACAAGGACUCCAGCAUGAACGUCAUCCACAUGCUGGAGAACUUCACCUUCCGCAACCACAUCUGCAUGACCUUUGAGCUGCUCAGCAUGAACCUGUAUGAGCUGAUCAAGAAGAACAAGUUCCAGGGCUUCAGUCUUCCCCUGGUGCGCAAGUUUGCGCACUCCAUCCUGCAGUGUCUCGACUCGCUGCACAAGAACCGCAUCAUCCACUGCGACCUCAAGCCCGAGAACAUCCUGCUCAAGCAGCAGGGACGUAGCGGAAUCAAGGUGAUCGAUUUUGGCUCCAGCUGCUACGAACAUCAGAGAGUUUACACGUACAUCCAGUCCAGGUUCUAUCGGGCCCCGGAAGUCAUCCUGGGUUCCAGGUACGGGAUGCCCAUCGACAUGUGGUCCCUGGGCUGCAUCCUGGCCGAGCUCCUGACGGGUUGUCCCCUGCUUCCGGGCGAGGACGAAGGCGACCAGCUGGCCUGCAUCGUGGAGCUUCUGGGCAUGCCGAGCCAGAAGCUCCUGGACAACUCCAAGCGAGCCAAGAAUUUUGUGUCCUCCAAAGGGUACCCGCGCUACUGCACCGUCAGCACCCUGCCCGACGGCACCGCGGCGCUCAGCGGCGGCCGCUCGCGGCGCGGGAAGCUGCGGGGUCCGCCGUGCAGCAAGGACUGGAGUGCGGCGUUGAAGGGCUGCGACGACGCGCUCUUCUCGGACUUCCUCAAACAGUGUCUGGAGUGGGACCCCGCGAUCAGGAUGACGCCCGGCCAGGCGCUGCGCCACCCCUGGCUGAGGAGGCGACUCCCCAAACCGCCCGCCGGCAUCGGCGCGGACAAGACGGCCUCCUCCAGACGCGCCACCCCCGCCGACGGCGCCGUCACCUCCGUCUCCAAGCUCUCGGCCACCUCGGCCAAAACCAGGACUAACCUGGCACCCAUCACCGACGCCAACGGCAACAUCCAACAGCGGACGGUCCUGCCCAAACUGGUAAGCUGAAAGCGAGCGCGCCCCCGGUCCAACGAGGAAGCGCUCACGAGCUCGCGGAUGCCACGUCACCGACAGCGCAGUCGAUCGACUUGAGGCUGCCCGGGGUGCGUUCGGUGCAGAUGGGAGGAAAACGCACCGUCCCCGGUGGUGCCUUUAGGCUCCUCCGGUCGAGUGACGCAGACAAUCAACACAAACGGCGCAGAUGGGGGGAACAAGGCUGUUUUCAUCUUUUAGCACAUUAUUCCAUCAACAACAAUUAGGCAACCACCCCCAAAAGGUUUUUAUCUGGAGGAUGACGCUCACAAAACUAGCCGUGCGCGCCGCCGAUGGAGCUACUGGCACAUUAAUCGGCGUUCGGAACUCUGAGCCACAUCAAGCGCUCGGCAGACUAAUCUAGCAGAGAAGUCUUACAUCGCAUUCAAUAACUCAAUGCGUGCUUGUUUUCAGUUAGCACCUCUGUUAGCAUGACGCUCAGAAGAGAGCCUUCUUGUUUCUCUGCGAUUAGCAUCAAUGAGACGCCACCAUGCUAACUCCUGUCAGAGGCUAAUUCAGGACAGAUGCUACACACAUCCAAAGUGUACAAUGGCUUCAUUUUUCUAAUACUGCCAACUGACGCCAGCUGUUUACAGUCCCCAACCGCCCUCCCGCCGCUCCUAAAAAGAUGAUGAUAAUGAAGGGUCCGUGUCAACACAACAUGCUACACUGUGAUGGCGUCAGCCAUUUAAAGCCAUUUUCUAUCCUCGGGGCGUGUGUGUGUGUGUGUGUGUGUGCGCGUGCGCGCAUGCGUUCACAUGAUAAAUCGCACAGCAAGUGAACGCCUCACGAAGACGUGCAGGCGGGAUGUUAUUUAUGAAUAUUUAUUGUCAACAUUUUUGUUCUAACCAGGACGUGCAGCAAAUACUUGAACGUGUGCGUGUGCCUGUUUGUUUGAAAACCAAAACGCAAGUGGCAGUGAUACGACAAUGAUGAUAAUCUCAGCGACGUACCAUACAGGCGAGCCGACAAGAACACACUAUCUGCUUUGUGAUUGAUUUUUUUUCUCUUUUGUUCCACUGAGCAAGACGACUAAACUUUUGUGCCUUCAAAGAUCGACAUCAAGCCAGAAAGCGUUCAAUUACUGUUGGAACCUUUUAGAACGGGAAGUUGCGGCUCUUGGGGGAGACAUGCCAUCGGCCAGAUGAUAUCACACGUCGCCAACGACGGCAGGGUUAAGCUAACACUAGCCAAUCCACCGCUAGCAUCUGAAUGCUAGCCGAUUUUGCUGCAAUGAUGCUUGUUUUUGUAACAGUGAUGUAAGAACUGCAGCUAACAGUGUGAGUAAUUAGAUUUGUCAGUCAGUGCUUAAACUAGCGGGUGGGGGGGGGGGUAGAAUCAGCCGACACGAGCCAAUCGCCCGCUAGCAUGCAAAGGCUCGGCCUUGGCACUGCCACUGACGUUUGUUUUCUCCUCACGAACCACUGCCUAGAAAGCGCUCGUAGCACAAUCACCGGAUCUAGCUGUGGGCAUUAGUCUUAUUGUUUUCGGUACCUCAGGCUAAGCUCGGCUAAGAUGGCGACAACGUGACAAACACCUCGGGCAUUUGGUUGAUUCUACCGAAGUGCAUUCCGCGGCUCGAGGCAGGCUAGCGGCGAACCAGUUGCUCAGAGAGACGACAGAACAGGUAGACGAGGGCAAACGCAAGUGGAGUUUUGUGAAAGCUGCAGCCAAUCUGCUCGCCGAUGAGGCUAGCUCGUUUCGGACAGAUGUCUAGACGGACUCUGCUGCUGUUAGCUGUUCUGUAUUUUUGUGACGUUUAUGGGUUUUUGACAUGUAUAUAUGAUAUUGUUUAUGAUUAAUGAAUGCUGCACUCACUUUUACAAGGUACUGUAUCCACUGCACACAACACUAUACACACACACGCACGCACCUUUUCUAGUGAGCCUUUGUUACUUUUUAUUGUGGUGGAAUACGAAUAUGAAUAAAAGUCUUAUUGACCA